GUAAUGAUAAGGAGGUAAAUUUUUGUGUAUAAUCAUAAUCAAUACUGUGUUCAUAGAUAGAAAAUGUUUUAAUACAUACAUUUUACUAACAUGGAUAUGAAUAAUGGUGUAAAUCCGGCUCAAAGUGAUACUGUGAGACAGCAGUUGUAUUUAAACAGUGAAGAGUCGAAAGCUGUGUACCACAGGGAGCCGCCGCCGUCAUACGAUGCGACAUUCAACUCUACGAUCACUGUGCCUGAACCAGUGACCAAUCAGCCAACGUCUCGAACUGUGAUCAUUCAGUCGCCACUACAGGAUUCGCCGAUGGUCUAUAAUUGUCCCAAAUGUGAUGAAAGGAUUGUCACUGCUGUAACACAUAUUAACACUCAGAAAACUCAUAUGCUUGCUGGUUUCCUUUGCGGAGUAUUUUGUUGGUGUUGCCUUUGUUGUGUUGCUGCAGUCCCCUACCUAACAAAAAUAUUUAAGGAAACACAGCACUUUUGUCCCAACUGCAAAUCAUUUUUAGGUUCAUAUUCUAAACUAUAAUGAUCUAUUUUCUAUUACCUACUUACAAGUUAUAAUAAAUUCUAACAGUUUGUACAAAUAUAAUACCAGAUAAUUUGUUGUAAUCAUGACAUUUAUUCAUAGCUGUUUUGUACAAUAUUUAUAAAAAUAAAUAAAUGUGUCUUCUUAUGCCUUGGAGUAGAAGAUAUUGGUUCUCUUUCAGCCAGUGAUAACAUCUUGCUUUAAAGAUAAUCUUAUCAAACUGAUCUCUCAUUUAUCUUGCUUCUUGAGUCUUGAGUCAGUUAAACUCAUUCAUCUCCAGGAUCAGCAUUAAAAUAUAUUUUUGUAUGUUUGGUGAUAAUGAUGGUUAGUUCCCGAAUACAAAAAUCUGAAAAAGGAUAUACUCAUUAUAAAUUAGAACACUACACAUACAGGGCUACAUGGAUUGGAGCUCUAAUCAUAAAUAUGGGUCAGAUACACCCUAUGUUAAGUGGCAAUGAAUUGAUUUCUUAAAUAUUUAUAUAUUGUAUAUAUGAUUACUGUAUAUUAAACUAUAUUUUAAAAUUA